AUGCUCCAUCUCCUCCACAUCUCCGACGAAGAUCCCACCAGCAUGCCCCCUUCCCACACCUCCUCAUCCUCAUCCUCAUCUCUCCACCCUUGCAAACACUCUCCCUCCGCAACCCUCGACCUCCUAAUCCUCCUCCUCGUCCUCUUCUCCGCCGCCUUCCUCCUCUCCUCCUACUUCUCCUACCUCUUCCACUCCCUCUCCCUCCUCUCCUCCCACCUCUCCUCCCAAGAUCUCUCCUCCAUCCCUCCCGCCUCCUACCUCCUCGCCUUCGCCCUCUUCUUCGCCGCCACCAUCGCCUUCCUCGACUUAUGCUGCGGGCCGAGAUCGAGAAAAUGUCGGAACCCGAAGUGCAAAGGGCUGAAGAAGGCGAUGGAGUUCGAUCUGCAGAUACAGACGGAGGAUUGCGUUAGAUCGGGAUCGGGAGGGAGCAAGGAGAUCGAUCGGUUGCCGUGGAAAGGAGGGAGCGAGGGGAAUCCUGAUUACGAGUGUUUGAGAGCUGAGCUAAGGAGGAUGGCUCCCGUUAAUGGUCGGGCUGUGUUGCUUUUCCGAUCUAGGUGUGGUUGUCCUGUUGCGAAGCUUCAAGGUUGGGGACCUAAGCGUGGUCGGCGUCAUAAAAAAUCACAAGCAAACUUGGCUCUAAAGGGAGGCAUAGACAAGCGCUGAUCAGAGAUCGAUGGGAACUCUUCAAUCUAUCAUUAUUAUAGAUGUUAUCAUCACAUUCAAUGUUUGCAGAGUUCAUCUCGAAAACUAAAGAAAAUCCAUCCAUACAGCUCCGUUUACGUGGUUUUCGUUUACAUUAGAAAUGUCUCAAUACUACAAUUUGAAAUACUUUUAUUGAACGACCUUAC